GUUUGAGGCGAAGCCUAGCGACUCGCAGUGCUGGUUCCGCAGCUUCACCUCUUUUUUUUUUAACUCCGCCAGAGGACCCCGACCCACAGAUCCCGGUUGCUCCGCUGGUCAAAGUGCGUGCGGACUAGUUGGCAAAGUUGAGAGCGGCGACGUCUCUGGGAACAGCUGUUUGCGUUCGGGGCGGAGGCGGCGCGCGAGCUCCUUGGCCUCGAGCCAGCGAGCCUAGAAGGAGGAUGGAGGUUCUGGGCCCCAGGGGAGGACACAGAGACGGCGGGAUGGCGCGGGGACUUGAGGCUUGAGAUCCCGUCCUUCAGCUCAGGUCCCGUCGCGCUUUUACCCCUUCCCGGUGACCUCAACCCCUUUAUACCGACCCCACCUCUUUGGAGCCGGGAGUACCGCCCCUGUAGGGGGAGGGGAGAGGAGGCGAUUUCGAACGCGGAUUGGGUCGUCUGGGCACCCGUAGUUGGGAACUGCGGAACGCUGGUCCCGGGGACUGAGUAAGGUGUCCGGGUCGGAGGGAGGUUCGGGUGGGCCUCGGGCGGCUGGAAGAGCCCGACUUGUCCCGCUGGGAAAGCGCAAGUCUGAGUGGAACCCUGGACGACUUGCAGAGCGGCUGGCGCAGUCAUGGCGGACUACUGGAAGUCACAGCCAAAGAAAUUCUGUGAUUACUGCAAGUGCUGGAUAGCAGACAAUAGGCCUAGCGUUGAAUUUCAUGAAAGAGGAAAGAAUCAUAAGGAAAAUGUGGCAAAAAGAAUCAGUGAGAUUAAACAGAAAAGCCUGGAUAAGGCAAAGGAAGAAGAAAAGGCAUCAAAGGAGUUUGCUGCAAUGGAGGCAGCUGCCCUGAAAGCAUACCAAGAGGAUUUGAAAAGACUUGGCUUAGAGUCAGAAAUUUUGGAGCCAAGCAUAACACCAGUAACCAGCACUAUCCCACCUACCUCGACAUCAAAUCAACAGAAAGAAAAGAAAGAAAAGAAAAGAAAAAAAGAUCCUUCAAAGGGCAGAUGGGUAGAAGGCAUAACCUCUGAGGGUUACCAUUACUAUUAUGAUCUUAUCUCGGGAGCAUCUCAGUGGGAGAAACCUGAAGGAUUUCAAGGAAACUUAAAAAAGACAGCAGUGAAGACCGUUUGGGUAGAAGGUUUAAGUGAAGAUGGUUUUACCUAUUAUUAUAAUACAGAAACAGGAGAAUCCAGAUGGGAGAAACCUGAUGAUUUCAUUCCACACACUAGUGAUCUGCCUUCUAGUAAGGUCAAUGAAAAUUCACUUGGCACCCUAGAUGAAUCCAAAUCAUCAGAUUCGCAUAGUGAUUCUGAUGGGGAACAGGAAGCAGAAGAAGGAGAGGUCUCUACAGAGACAGAAAAGCCAAAAAUAAAGUUUAAGGAAAAAAAUAAAAAUAGUGAUGGAGGAAGUGACUCAGAAACACAGAAAGAAAAAAGUAUUCAGAAACAGAAUUCAUUAGGUUCAAAUGAAGAAAAAUCGAAAACUCUUAAGAAAUCAAACCCAUAUGGAGAAUGGCAAGAAAUUAAACAAGAGGUUGAGUCUCAUGAGGAGGUAGAUUUGGAACUUCCAAGCACUGAAAAUGAGUAUGUAUCAACUUCAGAAGCUGAUGGUGGUGGAGAACCCAAAGUGGUAUUUAAAGAAAAAACAGUCACUUCCCUUGGAGUUAUGGCAGAUGGAGUGGCCCCAGUCUUCAAAAAGAGAAGAACUGAAAAUGGAAAAUCUAGAAAUUUAAGGCAACGAGGUGAUGAUCAAUAGUUGUAGGAGAGCUUUUUGUAUAUGCAUUUAGGACAGAAUGGAGACUUAUACAUCCAAAGUUUAUCUGUGUUUGUUUGUAAGUAUUUUGAUGCUAAAAAUUUAGAUUUAUUCUAAAUGUAUUUGAUGUGAAUUAAAAUAAAUAUUUUUUCAUGUGAAAUUUAUUUCGGUUCCUAAAAUGGAAGCCUACCACAUUGCAUUGUAAUACAGUGUAUUAUGUUCAGUGUCUAAAAACUGCUAAUUAAGUCAUAAUUUAAGAUGCUAUGUAUCUGUUAUUUAAAACAUGGAGAAACAGGGCCUUUAUUCCAUUCAUAUUCAUAUGAGCAUAUUUAUCCUGCAUUGAAAAUGCAUUACUUUUGCACAUUGAUAUUAACUGUUGUCCAACAAAUAAGUAUCGGAGUACAUGAGAAUAUUCACAGCCCAGUGAUGAUUUGGUUCUGAGGCUGAUGUGAGAAAGCUGAUGUAAAAAAUGUAUGCAUAUUCGCUUACCUUACUCAAUUUAAAGUCAAAAGCCAACAGCCAGGGGCAGCUCAGGUACUUCAGAUGUGCUUAAUAUGGAGUGAAAACUGGACCAGAGGUGGAAAGGUGUAUUUGCCCCAGUUCACUUCAAAGCAGCAAACCUUGUUUAAGCAUUUGAGUUUGAACCAGGCAUUGUGUUAGGAAUCCAGGGAUAAAGAUGAAUGAAAUGUAUUUCUGUUCUUCAGGAGUUCACAUUCUAGCAUAUGCCUUUUUCCCCCCAGUCAUGCACUCUUUUUAGCAGCCUUAUAUGUACUAGAAAAGAUUUUUUAAAGUUUAUUUAAAGCUGUGUAGAUGAAGGCUUGAUCUAAAAUAGUAUAAGGUCUCCAACUUCAGUAAAAGUUUUUAGUGUUUACUUAAAUUAGUAAUUUCUCACUUUCUGUCUGGUUAAAAUGUCUUAAAAAGUAGAAUUUUCUUCUUUAAUCCAUUUAGUAGUUACCUCCCUUUUACUUUUCAAAUUCACAAAAUUACAUUUCUCAUAAAUUGUAUAGUAUUUAACUUAUAAUAGUUAAUAUUUGUCUUUUUAAGAUUACUAGUGUACAUGUAAAAAAAUAGCUUAUUAAAAACUUGAUCAAAGAAUAAGUUAAA